AUAAGGUUCCAGCCACAAGCUGCCCCGUCACUCCUCCUUCCUAGCUCCUCCUAGCUCCUCCUCCUCGUCAUCCUCUUCCUGACGACAUUCACAUCUAUAUAAAGCUUUCCCAUCCCCCACUCACCCGUAGCCCUUCUUCUUCACUGAAACAAACUCAAUUCUUCUCAAACAACCUUCACAAACACAACAUCAACCAAAAUGUCCAACUUCCACCACUCUGCCCAGGACACCCGCGUCGACGACGGCCACAUCCUUCGCGCCCGCCUCCAGAACGGCAACGGCGACUUCGUCGACGCCGAGAUUAACCUCAACGACUGCAUCGGUAACGACAACGGUCGCUUCGACUGGGGUGGCCGGGGCUUCGCCGAUUCCUCCGAGAGCAUCCGCUUCGAGUUCGAGGGCGACCAGCCCAUCCUCCGCGCCCGCCUCUUCAACGUUGAGGGCGAGCCCAUUGACGCCGACGUCAACCUGUGCGAGCGCCUGUCCAACAACGACGGUCACUUCCACUUUGAAUGUUUGUCUCACCAGCAUCGUCCUCUCAGAUGAGUAUAGCUGACAAAAGUACUUUACAGAAACGAAUCAAAAUGGAACAUGAUAUGACGGGAGCGAGGAAGGUGGAAUGAUUGAAAUGGCAUGAAGCGUUUUGCUUACGCGUGAUAGAAUGGGAUGGAAAAUCCUAAUCUAUACCGACCUAGAGUUCGGUCACGCAUGACUUAGGUAGCUGACAAUUGAGCUACUUGCCCUUUGGAGGGCUGAAUGAACACCCCUCGCGUGUUGCUGAUAUGAGGUGCAAUCGCUACUUGAAU